AUGGUCAACUAUGGGUCGUUAUACCGCCCACGUAAUCAGCAGAACAAGACAUCAACAACCACUUCACGCACCAGCGACACAUCAUCUACGACGCCAUCCGCUGCAAAUGCACAGGAUUCACAGCAAUGGACUCGUAAUAGCGGCCGCUCCAAUUUAGUCGCCGGUACAGUGGACGACGUCAAACCCGAUGCGUAUUUAAAUUUUAGUGAAGAACAACAAGAUGCACUGUUAUCAGAUGCACGCGCUAACGCUGCUGCAUUGCUAGUGGAUGCUAUCGCAGAUGCUGACAAGUGGCAAUUUGUUACUGCCCGUGGUCCACUAAAGGUGUAUGAACUGCGCGCUGAUUCGAUGGAUCGUGUAUCCAGCAUGACGCCAGCGGACCAGACACAGCUGCCAUAUCACAUGCACACAAUGCUCGCUACAACACGAGUGCGAGCUACACUCGAUGAUUUUAUGCGUCUAAUGGCAUCUGCGAAGCGUGAUACGUUUCAAAACGUUCAAGCAGCACUUUUUGAAGAACGUGUUCAACUAGCCGACGUCUUUACAAGUUUUGGCAGUCUCUUAAGUGGAUGUGUCGAUCGUACAUCGUCCACUUCAUCCACCAGCUCCCGUUCUCAUUCUCAAAGUGGAUCCGAAACAGAACAAUACGCUGUGAAAUAUGUAUCCAUUAAAGGACGUCCACCUCGUACGAAUUCUGGUUCAUCCUUAAAUGCUAGUUCAGCAUCAAAUUCACUUAAAUUUGGUGGGAAGAAUCGACAUCGUGAACGUCAAGCAGCACGUCUAUACAAACGUAAAGGUCAUCGACGUAGUGCAAGUGCAGAAGAAUUGGGACUUACCAUGUGUUUAGCUGAGUAUGCAACGAUCCGUCGUGCACAUCUUCGUGGUCCAAUGGUACACCAUUUAGCUCAAGAUUUUGAUGAUCAACGAAUUGGAAUCAUAUCACAUCAUUCAAUUGAAGACCCAGCAAUCACACGGUAUUGUCGACCUAUUGUCUCAUCAUCCGAAACAACAGUAACAACGCCACCUGUAGCACCAUUUGCCAUGACAACACGUGCACUGGUUCAAUUUUCUGGUAUCGUUGCGUACCCUGUAGCAUCAUCGCUUGCUGGAGACAAAUCAUUGGAAGUAUUGAUUAAAUUUAGCUGUUACGAUGGCAGUGGUGUGACUACAACACGCAGGAUGAAUAUGUUAUCAUACUUAACAGCAUUUCAGCACCUUUCGACAGCUCUGUUAGUCUUAAGACUCCGUGAAUCACCAUACUUGACGUCUGAGAAUUGGGUCAAAGCUAGAAAAAAAUGUUGUGUAUGUGACAACAAAUUUUCCAUGGCGAAAAGAAAACAUCAUUGUCGUCUUUGUGGUGACGUUGCAUGCUCGAAAUGUUCGGAAAUUCACCAGAUUAAACUUGGGAAAGCAGGAAAAUGUCCUUUUCGAAUUUGUAGUAAGUGUGAUCAUCGAAUGGAAGAAGAUAAACAAGGACAAAAUCAUAUUCAAGGAGCAACUCCACCACCAAAGAGCUCUAGUAACAGUAUUAAAGCACUUCGUCGUCGUAUUGGAAGUGGAAGUACUGCAUCUCGACAUCCUGAAGAUGACGAUGAGUACAAUCGUACACCAUCUAUGAAUUCAAGUAAUGGAGAAAGCACUUCGGAUUAUUAUGACUCACGUAGUAUCCUAGCAUCAACUACUUCGGAUCGUACAUUGUCAAGUAUGUCGGGAAGUACGGUGAGCAGUUCAAAUAGCAGUCGUGGUCUUGGAAUGUUUGGAAAAAGUAGUAGCUCCAAGACAUUAAGUAUCAGUAGUAGUAGCUUCAGUGGUAGCUUUUACAACAAACCUAGCAAUGCGACGACUGCAAGUUGCUCACGUGAUAGUCGUGCUGAUUCGGAGAGUGAAAAUGAUGUCGAAGAGAAUGAAAAUGGAGGGAAAGAAGACAGUGAUAUUGAGGCGCCUACUACGAAUAGUGUAGAGGGAAGUAAGGAAUCUGAUGUCGUGGUUGAGAUCGACUCAAUUGAUGCUAUUGAAGUUUCUUCAGUAUGUUCAUCAUCACCAUCGUCUCCAAGCAGUGUCGUACUCCAGACUGAUCAAUUCUACAAACGCUUUUCAGAAUUAUCGCUUAUGGAUUUUCACGACUCGGAAUUUGAUUUGUCAGUUAAAGGAGGUCUUCCAUCUCGAUUAACGGGGAAAUCGGUAUAUGAUUUUGAUGAUUCAGAGGCAGAUCCAGAAUCUGAUCGAGAAGUAGAUUUGGGUGGUAUUGGUGAAGCUGAGAAUGAAGAUGGUGAAGAAGAAGAUGAUGGUGAUAUUUGUGACUUUGAUAUGAAUGAGUUAAAUGAAGGUGAUGAAGAGGAAGAUGGCAUGGAAUUUCAUGAUUCCAAUGUUGGAUUGGAUUUUGAACUACAAGAUCUAAAUUUGCACGAAUAUCGUGGUCUUGAAGAACUAGAAGAAGGUGAUCAGGAAUACGAUGAAGAAGUGAUUGAAGAAAUACAUUGUGAUAAAGUUCUUGCGAAAUCACGUAUUGGAACUUUUCGAGAUGAAGAACGGGCUACUCGUCUAGCUGAAUAUGGUAUUAUGGACUCUGGAAAAGAACACAUAUAUGAUCUAGUGGCAAAACAGGCAGCUCAGCACUCAAAUUGUUCACUUGCUACUAUAAGUUUUGUUGAUGCACGUCGAGAAUUUAUUAAAUCAAGCUUUGGUUUGACACGUGAGUUAAAUGACGUCCCAAUCUCUCAUUCAUUAACUGCUGAAAUCAUGCGACGAUUUCGUGUAUCCUUUACACUGAAUGAUCUUAAUGAUGUUCAAGAUGAUGAAAAUAUCGAAGUUGUGACGGUGUUGGAUGCAAGGCAAGAUAGUGUAUUGUCGACUAAUUUAUUCGUGACAGAAGCACCAAAUCUUCGAUUUAUUAUGGGCAUUCCAUUUCGAGCACGUGAUGGAACAGUGUUAGGAGCAUUAAUUGUUGCUGACUCCCAACCUCGUAGUACAGUGCCAUCACGUCAACGAUCGUUACUUAACGAUUUGGCCGAGCAGGUAAGUGCUUUACUUGCAGACUUAUGGACUCGCAACCAAGAACGUGCAAAACUUGCAUAUACUCAAACAGAUCAUUUACGUGAUCAACUAGUUGAUUUGCUUUCACAAUCCUAUUCGACUGGUCUACAAAUGCAGCAAAAUGAACUCAAGAUGGAACAGUCGACAUCUUUAUUGUCAUCAUCAACAUAUAAACCACAAUACUCAAAUGAUCUACGCCAUUUGCAAAGUGUCGAGUUAUAA